GAAUGCGUGGUCAAAAACAAGACAAUGAAAACGGAUCUUUGUGUAAAUGGUAAAUGUGAAAAUACUGAAGGUUCCUGGAGAUGUGUCUGUGAUAAUCACAUCUACACACAUCUUCAAAAUACAUCUGAUGGAGACAUACAAAGGUACAGAUGUGAAGGUGAUUACCAGUACAUCGGACAGCUGAAACUUUUUACGAGCAUUGAAGAAAAUGUAGACAACACAUUUUGGAGGAAAUAUUUAAAUAAUAAAAUUACACCUCUGUUUUCGAAAAGAAAUAGAGAGAAGAUUAAUCAAAAUGAUGGAAUUCCACCCAUGUCUGAUAUAUUCUGGAAACUCGACUUUUUAAACAGCACAAAGGGGAGUCCUCACAUGUUUACAAUAUUAUAUGUCUUACAUAUCGGCGAGAGUGUAUCUACAACUUGGGUGAACAAAUUUCAAGACAAAGUGAUCAAUGAGUCUCAGAAUACAAAAUUGGGCACUGUCAUUGUCACAAUUGAUAAGUCAACAAUUAUAGACGAAUCUAUUUUCAAUUUAUGUAACAUUGAUAACAAGACGCAAUGCGAUACAGAGACAACAUCAUGCGAGGUUCACAAUGGAAGUUAUGCAUGUCCAUGUAAAAAUGGAUUUUCCAGGCAAUUUAAUAAUCCUUACCAAUGUCAAGACAUAAAUGAAUGCCAAUGGAAAAAUAUGACGGAUCUGUGCCAGCGCGGUCAAUGUAUAAACACGGAAGGAUCUUGGGAUUGCAUUUGCAGGAAUCAAAAAUACAGCGAACGUUAUAACAAAAGUCUUGGAGUUGAAAUGAAAAGAAUGAGAUGUGAAGGUGAAUAUCAGUACAUUGGAAAUGUUUCACUCAAACAAGGCUACAACAAUACCCGUUCACAUGUAGAAUUAGAGUUGUCAAACUUAUUUUUAAAAGCACCAAAGAGUGUGAAUUGUUCCAUAAAUGAUGCAGCCGGAGAGGAAACAGCAGCUUUAUAUGAUAUUUUUAAGAAACUAGAUAUCAUCGAAAUAGCAAAUAACGAAAAUGGUAAUCAAGAUGUUCUGUAUGUGCUGCAUUUGGGUGAGUCUGUAUCAAUAAAGUGUCUUAAUGAAAAGCAACAAGCCAUUUUUACUGGAAAUAUUGGUUUUGUGAAUGCGUCGAUUGUCAGUGGUAUGUAGAGUUUACUAUUGAAAAUAUCCUGCCAUUUAUCUAAGAAAAAACAUAUAUCAAAACGAUUGUGAAUUUAAACUUAUUCAAUUAGUUUUUAUAUAAUAUUUCACUAGCAAAACUUAAACUGGUACAUUUGCUCAAAACUAUUUAUAUUUUUGUGCAUAAUGAAACGCAUAAA